UCCAAGAGUCAAAUUCACAGCACUCCACAUCAGCACUUUGUGCUGUGCAGACCCCAAGCAGGGAGUGUGUGGGCCCUGGAUAACCAGGGGGUCAAGAGCUACUACACAAACGAAGAACGCCAGAGACACCAAGCUCAGCUCUUGAUACUGGAGGCUCCGUGGAGUGGCCUGUCUAUGUGUGCCUAAGUGAAGAGGAUUUGAAAUUCUCACUCAGCCAUGAAGCUUAUUUGGUGCCCUUGGGCCAGUCACUAUCUCUUAGCCUAACCUACCACACAGACUUGUUGUAAAGAUACAGAAGAAACAGCAUGCCUCUUGCAGGAACCCCAGCUCCCCUCAAGAAGAGAAAGCCUACUAAACUCAUUUUAGAACUAACCCAAGAAGUCAUGCCACAAGAAGGGUCCAAGCUGAACCUGGGGAAGAAGAUCAGCAUCCCCAGGGACGUGAUGCUAGAAGAACUCUCUCUCCUCACCAACAGAGGAUCCAAGAUGUUCAAACUUCGCCAAUUAAGGGUAGAGAAAUUCAUAUAUGAGAACAACCCAGAUGUUUUCACCGACAAUUCUGUGGAUCAUUUUCAGAGAUUCAUCCCGUCUGUUGGAGGACACUAUGGAGUUGAUUCUCAUGGUUUUUCACAUAGUAGUGGGAGGAUGGUGGGUGGUGUAACUGUAGGGCGUUAUGGAUCCAGUAAAUUACAGUACCCUCCCGCUCCUCCUCCAAAGCCUGGGAGCAAAGGCGGAGCUGGAGGAACUGGAGCUGGCCACACCGAGGGAUCUGCUGGCACAGGAGGAGUGGAUGGCGGAGGAGGAAGUGAGACCACUGGUGGAAAAGGUGACAGCAAAGGUGGGAGCGGGAAACAUGUCACCAUUUUUAAAACUUACAUCUCUCCAUGGGAAAGAGCUUUGGGCCUUACCCCACAAGAGAAAAGUGAAUUAACUGACCUCUUGUCUUAUGGCACAAAAGCAGAACUCUGCCAUUAUAAAUCUUUUAACAGGUCUGCAAUGCCUUAUGGGGGAUAUGAGAAGGCAAUCAAGCUGAUGACCUUCCAAAUGCCCAAAUUUGAUGCUGGCCCUUUGGUACCUGAACCUGUCAUUGUGUAUAAUCAAGAAGUCACCAAUAGACCCUCUUUCAACAGAACCCCAGUUCCCUGGCAGGGGUCAGGAGAGCCUACUGCAUAUAACAUUGAAGUGAGCAUGCCACUUGCAGGUGAAACAGAAGAAUUAUAGAACCUCCCCCCUCCUUUCUAUAUCUGCCCACUUGCAAAUCUGUUGUAAGGAGCUGAAAAAUGCACAUCCAGUCCCAGAGAUUCCUCAUCUUUGCCCUUAGAACAGCCAGAUUCCCAAUAGGUUCUCUAACGUAUCUUUGCUGUGGUAUUUAUCCAUAUCAGAGGUAGAAGGAAAGCACUACAGUAGGAAGUAAGGAGGAGGGGGAAAGGGAGGGAGAAGUAGCUUAUAUAUCUGCCCUCCAAGACAAAAACGACAGCCUUGGAAUGUUUAAAGAUACUAAAAGCUGCGUGCCUGCUCUGUACCGAGUUUCACCCUAUUUUGUCAUUUGGCAAAAACAAAUAAAGCAUCUAGAAAGAAAGAA